CAAUGUUUCAAUUGUUUUAUUAAUAAAAAGCACGAACAUGAAGUAUUGUAGCGUAAACUGUGUGUGAUUUUAUCACAUGGCUUUUGGUAAAUUAGCCCAAAAUUUAUUUCAAGAAGUUUGCUUACACGGCAUCGACGGCACUGCAUACAGUAGUGCACAUGAAGUUCAACAGGAAUAUACGUUGAUUCUGAACUGAAGGCUCGAAGUUGUUCGAAUCUUCGAUCAUAUUUUUUCCGUGCAAGUUUAUUAUGUUUGAGCCAGAAUUUACACCCAAAACAAUUUUUUAUUUGAAGGGUAUUCCGUAAUAAAUGUGUUUGUGAAAUGACUUAAUAUUAGUACAACCAUUUGUGACCAAUGAUUUUCCGUUUCGGAAAAGUGCAAAUUCCGUUUCCGUUUCCGACAUAAAAAUUCAGUUUCAACUUUACACGUUAAAAAACUCUCUAUUAACCAACGGCCGAUUCAGUUCCGGAGUUGGCAAUUUUCAAAAUUUUACGGAUCCAAUGUUAUAGAGAUAAGCAGUAAAAACAAGUUAGAAACAUGCAACAGCCGUUGCGUUAUCAUUGCACCAAGACAGAAACAGAACGUCAGCCAUUUUGUUUUCACUUUGGCGACAAAAUGUUGAAAGUUUAUGGUUGAUUUGUGACCUUUAUGAGUGAACAAUCAAUGUGUGAGUUCAUAUAGAGCAGGGAUAAUGGAGUUGACAAUGAAUCGUUCCUCCUUCUUGAUCCUGAAACAAUCAAAGAGCUGAUACCAAAAGUAGGACCAAGGAUGAAAUUUCUAAAGAAAUACAGAGAUUACACAGCCAAGCCCAAUGCAGUUGACGAAUUGCAAAUGGAGAAUGAAGCAGUUGCCAUUGUAGAAAUUGAAGCCAACGGUGCAGCCGAGGAAGAGAAUGACGUAAAUGAUGCAGAUGAGAUUGUGCAGAUUGUGCAGAAGAAGAAAUUGGAUGAAGAAGACAAAAGCCAUGAGAGUACACCAAAGAGAGCAAAAUAUCUAUUUGAUAUUGAAGGCAUUCUUCUGAACAGCAAACAAGGUAACCUCGUGGAAAGGAUGAAAAAGGAUAGGAUGCUUCUACCAACAAAUCGGAGAACAUUAGUGCAGACUCUAGUCAGCCAUAUGAUAGAGAAACAUGGUUUUAAUCCACCAGCUUGCAUCAAAGAAACCUUGGCCAGCAGCCUUGUUGAGGAGUACGCCUUUCUUAAAGACACAGAAGGCAUAACAGGAUACGAGCAGUGGUUUGUGAAAGGCAGAAAAAAUUAUCCUGCCGGUGGCAGCCUCGAAGACCGAUUACGGUAUGUCAGGAUGAAACAUUUCAAGCACAUGAGAGAGACCACCGGGACCACUUCUGGGACAACUAGUGAAAAGAAGAAUCUUAGCAAGACACCUGUGAAAAGGAAGGAACUAACAACCCUGGUUGAACUGACCGAGUCACAAGUUAAAGAAGCAAUAACAUGGAUGAAACAUAAUGAAGAACCAAAGGCAAUGUUAUUUGAGUACAUGGCCAACACCUGUAAACAACGUUACAACUGGAUCAAGACAGAUAGCCCAACUACAGCAGAGAUCCUGGAGGUGUAUCCUCGGCUGUUAGAUCCAGGAAUUGUUGAGCAAGAUUCCGACUGGCGAUCUCUGAAGAGACUAACCAGCUUUAUGCUAAGUGGCCUUCUUUUUCCAAACAAGUGUACAAGUACAACUCGAAGGUACUCGGGAUCAAUUGGGAAAAGCAGUUGGAUGUAGGAGAGAUCGAUUUUGGCAACUUGACAGAAGAGGAGUGUCAAGAACUGGCUUUCUCAGUUUUGCCAUUACUUUUUGUGGGGAGGAGCAAAGGCAUGAAAGGGAGAUGUACCCCUGCAG